AUGACAUAUAAAGAAUGCUUGAAAACACAUUCUAAAUUAUUCCCAACAAUUUCUUGUCAUGUGCUCAUAGAAGAAGAAGAGAUAGAAAAAUCUGUCGCAUUGCAAUCGAAUAAAACAUCACCGAUAAGUUUUCCUUUUUUUCAUCCUUUUUUCCCACUUUGCUUAGAAGGCGUGCGAUUGCGGAAUGUACGAUUCAUAAAGUCUCAAUGGACCAUUUGGCUUAGACGUAAGGGAUCACCAGCUUUAAAAUCAUUUGCUAGACCUCAAAUACAAGAAGCUCAACCAUAG